AUGGCUUCGCUAUGGUUUAGUUUGGUUCCCGAAGCUUUCCUGAAGCUCCAUGAUGUGCUCGUCUGCCUGGCGAAGUUCAAUGACGCGGUGUCUAUUGAAGCAGAACAUGAUUUUCUUCGGCUCUCGACCUUGAACCCUUCAAAGUCUGGCUAUGCCUCGUUCAAAUUUGAUAGUGGCUCGUUCUUUAGCCAAUUUUCUUUUGAUAGAAGGAUGCGCGGUAAUACUACCGAUACUGGGACAAGGAGUAAUACUGCGAAGUUGUCAUGCCAGUUGUAUAUCAAGGCACUUCUAUCUGUAUUCAAAGGGCGGACUAUUGAUUUCAAAGACAAGGAUACGGCUGUCGAAGAAUGUAAGGUCCAAAUCUUUGAUGGUUUGGAUGAGACUGAGUGCAGGGUCGUCAUUCAAAUAAUUUGCAAGCAUGGGGUUGUAAAAACCUACAAGUUGAUCUAUGAGCCUGUGGAAGUGCAACAUGCGGUUUUCGACAAGUCCAAGACGCAGAAUAAAUGGGUAAUAGAUUCUAAAUUCCUGCGGGAAAUUGUGGAAUAUUUCGGGCCUACAGCCGAGCAACUUGAUAUAUUUACAGAUAACGGAAAGGCUAUAUUUACGAGUUUUACUACGAGAGUAACGAAUGGGAAAGGUAGGGCAACACAUGCAUUUGUGGAUCCUAUGGCGACACUGGAUCUAAUGAUAUACGCAGAAAUCCUGAAACAACCCGUUCAUACAUCCGUUGCAAUUGACACCAGAGAUUUUGAAUCUCAUCUUGUCGAGGAGAGACUCCAUGUGGCGAUAAGCGUCAAGGAUUUCAAAGCCAUAAUUAUGCAUGCAGACACGCUCAAAACAAUGAUUACUGCUCGGUAUACUCGGCCAUGCCGUCCGUUGCAGUUUUCAUAUGAAUCGGGUGGUAUUACUUGUGAGUUCACGCUGAUGACACGAGGAGAAACCGAAGAUAUCGACGUGUCUUCAAAUGGUGAUGCACGCGAGCUAUCCGCAAGAUCAUAUUCUCGACCUCCGCAAACGGCUUCCGUGAAUAAUGGGAGUACUGCUGUGGUGGAGCAUGGGGAUCCUUCGAGGAAUGAAUCUGCCCAGGCAUCCUUCCGAAGAGGAACCAUCGAAGAAACUCCGCAGGAAACACCAGCAGCAGCGUCAGCCUUGCUUGAUCCAAACAGUUUGUUCGUCCCAAUGGAUGACGAUCGUCAAUGGGACGAGCCUCAAUAUGGAGACGAACAAGAAGAUAUUCUUGGUUGGGAUGCGAGUAUAAACCAUGACGUGCAGCCCAGCUUUGUGGGAACAAUCCAAGAUCGCAACGUCACAGUUGAAGAAAGCGAGCAACGGGCACGCGAGACCGAAUCAACAGCUAUUCCCCCGACUCAAAGAAUAUCUCAGGUAUGCCUUAUCACUACGUUUAGAUGUAAAAUUCGAUGGGGAAUAUGCGGCGCUUCUCCACUGAAUCGUUGCAUUUUUAUGUAG